AUGAAGUCCACAACGACCUUGUUGGUUGGACUCAUUUUAUUCGUGGCCGCCGUACUAGCGGUCCCUCCUGCCGUUAAACGUUUUGCGGAACCUGCACCAGAUGCCAAGGCCGAUCCCUAUUAUCUAUAUCAUAAAUAUUAUAAAUAUGACAAACAUAAUAAGCACAAGAACGGAAAAAGGCGUUCCACUGAACCUGAAGUCGAACUUCACCACAGGCGUUCUGCUAUGCUUGGGCCAGAGCUGAUAAAAAAAGGUGUUGAUGAACUUCGUCACAAGCGUUUCAAUACGCCCGAAGCCGAAUUCCAUUAA